UGGUCGUAGCAUUGGUGACAGGCAGACGCGUGCACGGCCAUCAGUAGCCUGACAUUGCCAGCGGGCACGCAGCGAUGGUGUCAACGCUGGACGAGUCCGUGGGCCGAGUGUUCGAGGCCCUUCGCGAACGGCGGGUGCUUGAGGACACCGUGGUGGCGUUCCUCUCGUCCGGCGGCGGCGACGCAUUCGAGCCAGCAGCGGGCUCCAACUGGCCCUUGCGUGGGUCCAAGGGCUCGCUGUGGGAAGGCGGAACCCGCACCGCGGCACUGCUGUGGAGCACCAAGGUGACCCGGCCACGAGUGGCCACGCAGCUCGCACAUGUCACCGACUGGUUGCCCACCCUCUACUCGGCCGCGGGCGGCGAUAUCACGGACCUUGGUGCCAUCGAUGGCAAAGACCUGUGGACCGUGCUUGUGGACGACCGGCCUUCACCGCGCACCGAGGUCCUGUAUAACAUUAACUACCAGUGGAAGCUGGCCGCUAUACGCAUCGGAUGGCACAAGCUGGUGCUAGGUGCGUCACCAGAGGACCAGCACGAUGGCUGGUACGAGAUUCGCGACACCAGCAGCGAGCACGGACCCCAGGUGCCAUCUGGCGCCGAUGCCGACAGGGCCGUGCACCGUGCGCUGUCGGCCAUGGGCCGCGGUGGCGUCACCUCCCGGCGCCCUGACAGCCCGUUGGUGACUGUGCAUUGCGGACUACGACCGCCCGACAAGUCACCUGCCGACGCUUGCCAGCCUCGACGCAAACCAUGCCUGUUCGACCUGCAGGUCGAUCCUUGCGAGUACAGGAACGUCGCGGCACAGCAGAAGAAGGUGCUGGCACGGCUAUUCUACAGGCUGCAGGAGCUGCAGGCGAGCGGGAAGCCCCCGCUCAACAGAGCCCCGUCAGCGGCCGCAAAUCCAGCGCUGCACUGCAACGUGUGGGUGCCUUUCAUGGACGGCGAGAUCGACGGGCGUGCCUUCCAGGGACAGCGACAAGGCGGACGCCGGUACCGGAGCUGAGCGCUAUUGCGUCAUCAGACCGCCCAAGCAAGGGAGUCUAGGGUGCAGUCGUCAGCGCAUAGUAAUACUUCCAUACAUCAUAUAAUUCACAAUAAAUAUUUUGUUCGUA